AUGAAGCCACAAAUCCUCUCAAUUCUCAAAGGCGCCAAACCAAACCAAAACCAUGUCAACUUGGCAAGAACCCAAACUCCUACUCUUCUUCUCGGUCCUCCAGAGAUCGGAACAGUAACCACCACCACUGCUCCACCACAAGUCAAUUCCGGCGACCCCUUCAUGGAUCUCAUGGUCUCCAAUUACAACAACACCACGUCAACUUCCCCCCGACCCCCAAUGGGUUUGACCGAGAACAGUUCGCCUACUUUUCUCACCUCCGGCAACCCCUGCCUUGAUUUUUUCUUCCACGUGGUGCCUGACACCAAGCCUGAAUAUUUCAACCAACAGCUCCCCUUGGCUUGGUCCAACGAUGCCGUAACCACUCUCAAGCUCAUCUGCAACCUGCGAGGUGUACGUGGCACCGGAAAGUGUGACAAAGAAGGGUUCUACACAGCAGCGUAUUGGCUCUACAACCACCAUCCUAAAACCCUAGCUUACAAUGUAGCGUCGGUUGCCGCUUUUGGGUAUUUCAAAGAUCUGCCGGAGAUUCUAUACCGCCUUCUAGAAGGCCAAGACAUCAGGAAGACCCAAAAGGAAGAGUGGGAAAGGAUCAAGCGCUAUUUCUAUAAGGGACCGGGUAAGGUAGACGGGUUAAGGUCACUAAAGCUUGGGCAUUUAAUGGGUCCGCCGGCGGAUCAUCCACCUAGAGAUGUUAAACUGCUGAGGCUUUGGGAGAAACUCAUCGCCGUCAAAUCUAACAAGAAAAAACUCGAGAAGGGGGAGUAUAAAACUGUUCAAGCAGAAUGGGCAGCGGAUAGAGAUGAACUGAAAAGUGAUGAAGCUAGAGAACUGAUGCAUCAAAAGAUCAUAGACAAGACCAAGAAUGCCGUGGCUAGGUAUGAGCAAGACUCGGAUUUGAAGUUCCUAUACGAACAAAUUUGGGAUGUGUUUGGGGAUUGCUUGAAGUCCAUGGAGGCGGACACGGAGGCUGAGAGGAACGAGAUGUUCCGAUUGAAAAAAGAAAACGUCAGGGAAUUGAGGUAUGAAAGAAUCUAUGACAUGGCCAGGAAGGUGGUUUCCAGGUAUCAGCAAGACUCCAAUUUUCAGGUGCUUCACGAGCAGAUUUCUGAUGUUUUCGCCGAGUGCUUGAGAUCUGACAUGGAAUGCUUGAAGAAGCACCAGAGAAACAAGAUAAGCCUCGCAGCGAAAUGGUGCCCUUCCCUCGACUCCUCCUUCGACAAGGCCACUUUGCUCUGCGAAAGCAUUGCCAGGAAGGUUUUCCCGCGUGAAUUGUACCCGGAGUAUCAGGGACUUGAGGAGGCACACUAUGCUUACAGAGUGAGAGACCGGCUGAGGAAGGAGGUUUAUGUGCCGUUGAGGAGGGCAUUGGAAUUGCCGGAACUUUAUAUGACUGACAGAGAGUGGAAUUCACUUCCUUACAACAGGGUGGCCUCUGUGGCAAUGAAGCUCUACAAACAUAGGUUCAUUGAGAAGGACUGUGAGAGGUUUGAAAAAUAUUUGGCGGAAGUGAAAGAAGGUAAGGCCAAGAUUGCGGCCGGUGCUCUGCUUCCGCAUGAGAUCAUAGCCUCUCUGAAUGAUGGGGAUGGAGGUCAAGUGGCUGAGCUUCAGUGGAAGAGAAUGGUGGAGGACCUGGUGGAGCUUGGCAAGCUGAGGAAUUGCUUGGCUGUGUGUGACGUGUCCGGAAGCAUGGAAGGGACUCCUAUGGAGGUGUGUGUGGCUUUGGGUCUGUUGGUGUCGGAAUUGAGUGAAGAGCCAUGGAAAGGAAAGGUGAUCACUUUCAGUCAGAACCCUCAGUUGCAUUUGAUUCAAGGAGAGGAUCUUAGCUCCAAGUGCGAGUUUGUGACGAGGAUGGACUGGGGGAUGAACACUGAUUUUCAAAAGGUGUUUGAUCUGAUUCUCCAAGUGGCUGUGAAGGGGAAGUUGAAGCCGGAGCAGAUGAUAAAGAGGGUGUUUGUGUUCAGCGACAUGGAGUUUGAUGAGGCUUCAGGGCAUAGGGGAUAUGGAUAUGGGUAUUAUGGAAGGGAGGAUAAUGAGCCCCAGAGCUGGGAGACCGAUUAUGAGGUGAUACAGAGGAAGUUUAGGGAGAAAGGGUACGGGGAUGCAGUGCCACAGAUAGUGUUUUGGAAUCUGAGGGACUCUAGGUCUACGCCGGUAACGGAGACACAAAAUGGAGUGGCGCUGGUGAGUGGCUUCUCCAAGAAUCUGCUCAAGCUGUUCUUGGACAAUGAUGGCCAAAUUCGGCCGGACCUUAUCAUGGAAAAAGCUAUCUCUGGGAAAGAGUAUCAGCAUCUAGUUGUUGUGGAUUAAUUGGUCGUCGUCGUCAUCAUCUAUGAUCUUGUUUUCGUGUUUCUUAAUUUUUCUUAAAUUAAAGAAAAGAAAGUAUCAAUUCCUUCGUUUCUGAUCAUGUUGAAUUAUACAUUGUUUCUUUAGGUCUUUGAGAUAGUUUGAACUAACAGAGUUGGGUACGUAUGUAAUAUGCUGUUUCUUUUUUUCUUUCUCUGUUCUGUUUUGGGGUUUGUUCAAGUAACUUUUGUGUUUCUUUUAGGGUGUAUUUUGAUGUUAUUUCCAAGUCGGUUGAUGUUAUUGAU